AUGUCUGACACUUCACGGCUUACGUUGAAUAUCGCAUACGAUAUUCUCUGCUUAACCUCCGGCAGGCCGUCCAUAUGGUCCUUCGAUGUCCCGAAAGGGAUCACCUGGGCUAAGUUUCUCAUGAUGAUUGGAGAGCGUGCUAUAGACGAACCACUGCACAAUCUAUUGCUGUACAAACUGCGCAAACCAGCUGAAGUGGCAGAGCUCAAACGAUCAAGACCACAGACGAUAGAAGAGGUGGAGGACAUCGCCGAGGAAGUCCCUCUCUUGGUAGAAGUGCUGCAUGAUCCCGCCCAAUUUUCCCCGGAUAAGGUUCAUGUUCUCGUAGUAGUCGCACGACCGGAGGCAGCAGUCGAUCACUAUAAAGGGGAGCCACCGCCGGGCCUGGAACUUCACCCUGUGGAGAAAGCUCACCUGGCCGCUGUCAAGGCCGAACAGGAUAAGCACCCUAUCUACAAUGGACGCCCCGACAAUUGUCGCAGUUCGCCGAUCGUACUUUACGAGAGCGCCUUCGCUAAGCUCAAAGACGUGCUGUACGAUCUGCGACAGGCACAGCCGGACCGCGACUUUGUGGCUGCGACCGCAAAGCUAUUUCUUUCUGCGGCGACUAUAUACAAUUCGGAAUCCGAACGCGAGAGCGCGAUCUUCGACCACAUCGAGCGUCUCUUGGACGUCACCUUUGAACGACACGUGAAGGCGGCCAUGAAUAGGUUUUCCAGCAAGAAGGACGCUGAAGCCGACACUCUCGUUCGAGAACGUCUGGAUGACACAACGCACGGCGAGAAGAAGGGCAUCUACAUCUGCAUCGAGGUCAAAAAUGAACUGGGAAUGGGUAGAAACAGCGGACUUCAAGGUGCUCUGACGUUGCUGAAGCACAUUUCCCAGGAUGGGUACGAGGGGAUACGAAAUGUAUCGUGCUGCCCCUGCUUCGUCAUAUCCAUCGCGGGUCCCUACAUCUGCUUCUCUGGCGCAGUUCUCGUCGACAUAUUCAUCGUCCAGCCCUUCACGGACUACAUCUACUUGGGCGGGGAUCCUAUCAUGAAUGAGCGAAUCACCCACGUGGCCAAGCUCUUCAGUGCGGUCGCAGAUGCAGCGAUGCUGUUGAGGGAGCACUACCGUUCUCUAUCGCCGAGCACGGUGCCCAAGCAUGGCCCCCUCCUUCCCAGUCCUGCUUAUGGUGUCAAGCACCCAGAGGGGGCCUUAGAGUUCGUAGCACGAUUUGAUUACGAGGGUCGGAAAAUCGACAACUACCGUCGAUCCCUCUUCCGUGCCACAUUCGACGGCAAACCCGUGCUCGUUAAGUUCUGUGAGACGUAUAACGAACGCGCCCACCGUAUGCUCGCCGAUAUUGGCCUUGCACCGAAGCUAUAUUUCUGCGCCCAGAUCUGUGGACACGUCAAUAUGAUCAUAAUGGAAUUCGUCGACAGCCGCGAUACGCACCACCAGUUUAGCGGGAAGGAGUUACCUCCGAGCGUUAUGCGUGACGUGAAGCGCGCAGUGGACGAGCUGCACCGCUCAGGCCUCAUCUUUGGUGAUCUGCGCCGCCCGAAUAUCAUGGUCGUCACCAAUCACCUCCACGUGGUCGAAGCGGCGAGGACUGAGAAAGACACGGCGGCGGAUGCUGGUUUGGGCGCGAUGUUGAUCGACUUUGACUGGGCUGGGGAUGACGAUCAGGCGCAGUAUCCAGCGCUCCUCAAUGAUUCGGGAGAGAUCAGUUGGGCAGACGGUGUCGCGCCUGCGGCACGUAUGAAGAAACAGCACGACCUGGGCAUGAUUGAGAAGCUCAAUCGACAUCGGUCGUCCGCAAUAGUCAGCUAUACCAGAAGCCUACUGGCCGCAGGAUUUAGUGACUGA